GCUUAAAACAGUGGAAUUCCUGUUCAAAAUUGCAUUCUUUCUUAAUGUCCUAAUAAUCUCAAUGACUUUUAAUUUCCAUUGUUCUUCCCACUUGUAACCUCCAAGACUCCAACUACUAAAAUAAAAGACCAUAAAGCACCACCAUUUGACUUAAUGCAAAGCCACCACAAGGCACAAAAGCAGCCUUUUCAUUUUUUGAUUUCCUGAUUUUAACCCCAAUUUCUUCGGAUAUUAUCCACUAAUGAACUCUAUUAGCCUGCAGUAUUCUCACCAACCCUUGAGGCCUAAAACUGUCUUAAACCCCAACGCCAGGAGAUAUUUCCUUAGUGGCAAUUCGGUCAAAUCAGUGUUACCUACCACCACUCACGCGGUUGUGCUCAAGUCUUCCGCCGCCGGGAGAGAUCAUCGCCGCCUUAGUUCUUCUUCUGUAGACAUGGCUGCUUCUGCUGUGGACGAUCGGAUCCCUCAUAUCGCUUCCACCAUUCGGGUCAUACCCGAUUUCCCUAAACCUGGCAUCCUCUUUCAGGACAUUACCACCUUGUUGCUUGAUCCCAAGGCUUUUAAGGAUACCAUCGAUUUGUUUGUCGAGAGGUACAAGGACCAGAAGAUUGAUGUCGUUGCUGGCAUUGAAGCAAGAGGUUUUAUCUUCGGCCCUCCUAUAGCUUUGGCUAUUGGGGCAAAGUUUGUUCCCAUGAGGAAACCUAAGAAAUUACCUGGAGAGGUGAUUUCAGAAGAAUACUCAUUGGAGUAUGGAACGGAUGUAAUGGAGAUGCAUGUGGGGGCUGUACAAGCCGGGGAACGGGCUUUGGUGGUGGAUGACCUCAUUGCAACUGGUGGCACCCUAUGCGCUGCAAUCAGGCUCCUUGAACGUGUGGGAGUUGAUGUGGUUGAAUGCGCGUGUGUCAUUGAGUUGCCGGAACUCAAGGGACGAGACCGGCUAGGAGAGAAGCCCUUGUUUGUUCUUAUAAACUGAAAGUAAUCUGGAGAUUUGUAGCAGAAGGGUAUAAAUAUGGUGGUUUACCCCUCAUCUGCCACGUAAGGUGGGAAGUUGUUCAAGAAGGGGCUUCACUUUUAUAUUGGAGCAUUUGGUUGGAAUAAUCUCCAACCGGUUAUUUCGGGUUUGACAGAUGGUAUAUUAAACUCCAGUCUAUCUGCUAAAACCUGCUUUCAGAUGUCAAAUCUUCUAAAUUUUAACGGUGAAGUACUACCACUUAUGUAAUGGUAUUUUAUUUGAUUGAAGAUAUCAUCACUUGCGAAACCGAAUCCAUCGUCAACUUUCUUUUAUGUAAUGAUCAUUGUCUUGGAAAGUAGUUAGUGUAUGAACAAAUGGUUUUUGGUUGCUUGCAAUUGUUAUGUUGCUUUGCUUCUCGUUCUGUUGCAAUUGAAUUAGCAAGGUUUUACUUGUCAACUGUUCAUCUAAUUCUGACCGCGUGAACGAUGAGCAGCUUUGAAGAACGUUUGCAGUUUGCUAAGAGCCUCUAUUACUGAUUCAGGGAGUUCUUUCAGUGUUUUCCAGUUAUUCCCCUUAGCGUAUCAGGCACUAAUACUCGAAGUCAACCUCCAAACUGGGGUGGACUUUUUACAAGAAAAUAUGUUUACAGUUUUUUGGUUUGACAUUUGCAUGAGUUGACAUUCUUUGUUGUGUUUCUCGAAGCAGUCAUUAUCAUUUGGGGGAAGUUUUACUUUCUGCA